AUGGGCGCGGGCAGCUCGGCGGAGCAGCGGAGUCCGCAGGACGCGCCCACUGCAGCAGCGGAGUCCGAGCCCGCCAGUCCGGAGGCGGCGGCGGCGCCGCCGCUUGAGCAGCCCGAGGACCCAGCCAAGCUUUUACAGAAGAAUGGACAGAUAUCCAACAUUAAUGGUAUAGCAGAAGAGCAAGUGGAGCUGAACCUCCAGCCAGGGGAGCUGAAUGGACAGCAGACAGAAACAGUUGUAACAGAUGUUGGACAAAGAGAACCUGCGAAUGUGACUGUAAAAGAAGAGCUAGCUGAAAAUAUGGAAGCCAUGCCACCAGAAUCAACCGAUAAGGAUCGUGUGGAAGACGGACAGAAGGAUGUUCAAGAAGCUAAUGAACAGUUGCCAUCAGAAGAAGAAAAAGUAGAAGAGCUAGAACAGCCCAGUGAAUCUCAGUCUAAUGAUGUUGGAUUUAAAAAGGUUUUUAAAUUUGUUGGUUUCAAGUUUACUGUUAAAAAAGAUAAGACUGAAAAGUCUGAACCUGUUCAGCUACUGACUGUAAAAAAAGAGGAAGCAGAAGUGGCAGCAAAUGGAGCUGGAGAUCAUAAAGAAGUCAAGCUGGAAAUGGUGGAGGAAGCAACAGAAAGUGAAGUGACCCAUCCUGCAGAAAAGAUUGAAGAAGAACCAAAGAGUGAGGAAAGGAAAGAUGAAUCUCUUCCUGAAAAGGUAGCAGAAAGCCCAAGUGAGGAAGCUGAAGGAAACGAAGAGGCAGAAGGAAAAAAAGAACCUAGCAAGUCACCAGAGUCUCCAACAAAUGGAUUAGUUAAUGAAACCGCAUCACCACUAAGAAAAUUCUUUACUCAGGGUUGGGCUGGGUUUAGGAAAAAGACAAGUUUUAGGAAGCCUAAAGAGGAUGAGCAGCAGACUCCUGAGAAAGAAAAGGAAGAGCAAGAAAGGGAAGUGGCAGAGAUCCCAGUAGAAGCACAUGAGAAGGAGAAAACUGAGAAAGAAAGGGAAGAGCAAGAAAGGGAAGUGACAGAGAUCCAAGUAGAAGCAAGUUUGAAGGAGGAAGUAGUUAUUCCUUCUGAACAGCCACUUCCACAAGGGACCGUUGAAAGUGUAAACAAGGAAUCUGAAAUGUCCUUUGAAGAAAAAGUAGACCUAUCCCCUGAAGAAAAACCAAAACCAGUGAAAGAAUGUAAAAUAUCCUUAGAAGCAAAAACUGAAAUACACUUUGAAGAGAAAUCUGAACUACCAGCUCCCACGACCAUGGAAAUAUUUGGUGAAAAAUUAGAAAAAUCUAAAGGCAAAUCUAAAGAAGAAUCUGAACCUGUAGCUCCAAUGACAACAGAAGUGUUUGGUGAAAACAUUGAGAAACCUGAACCAAAAGCUCCACUGGCAACUGAAAUCUUUGAUGAAAAGUUAGAGACAGAGGAAGAAGUUCAUGUUAGCACUACAGCGGCGAAAGAGGUUAAAACAAAUGAGAUAGAACAAAUGCCCUCCUCAGCUUCUGAACAAUCAGUUGAAGGAGAUGGUGAGCUACAAAGAAUUCAACCCACUGAGGAACAACUAAAGGCCAAAGAAACAGUAUGCAUAGUAGUAGACGACCACAUCAAGCAAACAGAACCAAGCCCUGAAGAUGCAGCUGCAUGUAAGCCUCCAGAAGGCAUCACGACUGAGGUUGAACUGUUGUCAUCACAAGAAAGAGCCAAAGUGCAAGGCAGCCCCUUAAAGAAACUUUUUACAGGAACUGGCUUAAAGAAGCUUUCUGGAAAGAAGCAUAAAGGAAAGAGAGAAGAAACUAAGCCAGGGGAACAAGUAGAACAAAUUCAACAUUUAGCUGAUUCCCCAGAAAGUCCAGAAGAACAGAAGGCAGAGAGCUCUGCCUCUUCACCUGAAGAAUCAACAGAGCCUCCUUCUGUGGAGAAAGCCAUAGAUGCAACACGGGUCACUGAAACCGAAGAAGAAGUAAUUUCAGAUGUAGAGAGGAAAAGAGAGUGUGUAACUCCUUGGGCAUCGUUUAAAAAGAUGGUGACUCCCAAGAAACGUGUCAGAAGGCCUUCUGAAAGUGACAAAGAAGAAGAAAUUGAUAAGGCAAAGAGUGCUACCUUGUCUUCUACUGAAAGUGCAGUCUCUGAAAAUCAGGAAGAAACUAAAGUAAAUGGUGAGGAGCAGAAGCUAGAAAAAAGCACAGAGGAGCCAAAACGAAAGGUUGAUACUUCUGUAUCAUGGGAAGCCUUAAUUUGUGUAGGCUCCUCUAAGAAAAGAGCUAGGAAAUCCUCCUCUUCUGAUGAGGAAGUAGGACAGAGGCUUGCUCAAGAAGGCCAAAAAAUAGAUGAAGUUGGCCAAAGCAAAGAAACUGCACCAGACACGAUCCUAACUAGUUCCCAAGAAAGUGAUCAAGGACAAGGAAGUUCCUCACCAGAACAAGCUGGAAGUCCAUCUGAAGGAGAGGGUGUUUCAACCUGGGAAUCAUUUAAAAGAUUAGUCACUCCAAGAAGAAAAUCCAAAACCAAAAUGGAAGAGAGAACUGAAGAAUCUGUGUUAGUUUCCAGCAUAGAACAUUCUACUUCAGAUGGUGAACCUGGAAAAGAAGAAACAUGGGUUUCAUUUAAAAAAUUAAUACCUGGUCGUCGGAAGAAAAAGUCAGACGGGAAGCCAGAACAAGCUUGUGUUGAGGAAGCUGGAGAAGAGAUGACAGAAACCAAUGAAGAAGACUCUGAUGUUCCAGCUGUUGUUCCUUUAUCUGAGUAUGAAGCAGCUGAACAAGAGAAAAUUGAGGCCCAACAAGCAACACAAACUGAGGCAAUAAGGGAAGAAACUUUAGAUGAAAAGAGAGCUGAAAAAUUAGAAGAUACCUUAAUUAUUGAGCAAUUUAAUGAAGGACUGGUUCAUGCAGUUACUGUGACUGUUGUAGAGGGGGAGAGAGCAGUUACCAGUAUUGAAGAAAGGUCACCAUCUUGGAUAUCUGCUACUGUGACAGAGUCCAUUGAACAGGAAAAAGAUGAUGAAGAACAAACUGAGCAGAUAUUUGAAACUGAAGUUGUUGUAGAAAAGACAGUGGUGGUUUCUAAAACUUUGCCAGAGUUGAGAAAGGACAUUAGUGAUGAUACUAUAGUAAGUGAGCUGGAGUUAACCUCAGAAGCAUUGACAGCACUGGAAGAGGCAACAGAAGUUUUCUGUGGUGAAGAAGCAACAGAAGUGUCCCUUGCAGAGGAGACGACUGAGAUGGUUUCUGCAGUGUCACAGUUAACUGAAUCCCCAGAUACUACAGAAGAAGUUACACCUGUGCAGGAGAUAGAAGGGACUGAGCAAAAUUUAGAAGAAUUAAAUAAACAAACACAGGAAAUUCUUGAGGAAGUUGUAGAAAGAGUGAAGCUAUCAGAAGAAGUACAGCUGAUUAGUGAAAGAACUGUGACUGGAGUCAUAAUUCAGUCAGUGCAGAAAAUUGGAUCUGAAAUGAAAGAUGAAGCUAAUGAAGUUACAGUCAUAUGCAAAGAAACUGUGUUGGUUGAACAGUCCUUAAAGAAAGAAGAACCUGAAGAGGCUGACAUUCAACACAUGGAAAGUGCAGGAACGGUUCAAGGCAGAAAUGAAGCUGACGAAAGUGUUCUACAGGAAGUGUCAGAGAUGAGUGAAAAGUGUGCAGUGAUGAAGGAACACACAGAAGAAGCUAAAAGUCUGGAUAGAUUGGCAGAUGAAAGUCAAUGGCAAGAAACUGAACAAGCAUUUAUAGAAAGACACGAAGAAACGUCUGAAGUAGAAAGGAUUCUAGAGAAAUGUAAAUUGAAAGAGGAGGAAUUUUACAGUAGUGUCACAAUAACUACCAAGGCAGAGCAUGAAGUGAAACCUGAGUAUGUUACAGUAGUAAAACAACAAGAAAUUUCAACUGAAGAGGCCAAAGUGAAUUUAAAAGUAAUAAUUCCAGGUGAAAUCACAGAUGAAGGUGCUCCAGAAGUGGAUGGAUCUGAAAGUGAAACACAUGAAGCAAAGCUUGAGCUGUCCCAGGAAUUUAAGCAAGUGCUGGACAUGGUGCCUAACUUAGAAUCAAAAUGCAUGAAAGUAACUGUAACAGAAGCCCCUUUGCAGAGUGAGGCAGAAGAUGCCAUGCUCUCUUUGGAAUCAAAACGUACAGAAGCAACUGCAGCUCAGUCCCCCAUACAGAGUCAGGGGACUGACAUCCCAGUGCAGAGUGAAAGGGAACAUGCCAGGGAGGCCUUAGAACCAAGAUGUACAGAAGCACUUGUAGAUGAGGCCCCUGUGCAGAGUGGGGUAACUGAGGUUUCUGAGAAGAAAGAGGUGGAAGAUGCCGUGCUUAUCUUAGAAUCAGAAUGCACUGAAGCAGUUGCAACUGAAGCUCCAGUGCAGAGUGAUGUGACUGAGGCCUCUGUGCAAAGUGAGGGGCAAGAUGCUAUGCUUACCUUGGAAUCAAAGGGCACUGAGGCCACUGUGCAGAGUGAGGUGACUGAGGCCACCAUGCAGAGUGAGGUGGAAGGAAUUGCUACUGAGGGAUUGAUGCAGAGUGAGGUAACUGAGGCUCCUGUGAAGAAAGAGGUGGAAGGUGCCGUGCUUAUCUUAGAAGCAGAAUGCACUGAAACAGUUUCAUCUGAGGCUCCAAUGCAGAGUGAUAUGACUGAGGCCGCUGUGCAGAGUGGGGUGGAAGAUGCUGCGCGUAUUGUGGAAAAAGAAUGCACAGAAGCACUUGCAACUGAGGCUCCCAUGCAAAGUGAGGUGCAAGAUGCCGUGCUUCUCUUGGAAUCGGAAUGCACAGAAGCAAUUGCUGCUGAGGUCACUGUGCAGAGUGAGGUAACUGAGGAGGCCACAGUGCAGAAUGAGGUGGACAAUUCCAUGCUUACCUUAGAAUCAAAAUGCACAGAAAUCACUGCAAUAGAGACCACCAUGAAGAGUGAGGGAACUGAGAUCCCUAUGCAGAGUGAGAUGGAAGAUGCCCUGCUUUCCUUAGAAUCAAAAUGCCCAGGGGCAGUUGUAACUGGGGACGCCAUGCAGAGUGGGGUAACUGAGGCACCUGUGAAGAGAGAGGUAGAAGAUGCUGUGCUUACCUUAGAAUCAGAAUGCACUAAAGCGGUUGCAGCUGAGGCUCCCAUGCAGAAUGAUGUAGAAGAUGCGCCGUCUAACUUAGAAUCAGAAUACCCGGGGGCAGUUGUAAAUGGGGCCCCUCUACAGAGCGACAUACAUCCUAAAGAACUGCCUGUGUAUGGAAAGGGAGAUGAAGAGGAGCCCAUGGAAGCAAAACAAACACUUCUAUUGACUGUGACAAGUUCAAAUGACAAUCAGCAAGAGGAAACCAAGUUUGAGCUAAUGACGGAAGUGGAAAAAGAUUUGUUUGAAUCUGGAAAAUUGGAACUUGCAAGCGGUGAUAAACUUUAUUCAACUCCAGUGCAGCAAGAGAUUUUAGCUGUGCAGCUGGAAGAUACUGGCUCACCCAUUCCUACUAUUGAAAGCUCUGAGGCUCAAAAAGCGUCUGUGCCUGUAACAGCUGCAGCAAUUGAAGAACAAAUCAUUGUAGAAACUGUAACAUCUAUGGAAACCUCAGCUGAAACUUUAGAGCCUUUAGCAGCAGUGCCUGAAAAACUAUUUUCUGAACUAGUCCAAGAUAUUACCAUUGCUCAUUCAGGAGUUGAGGCUGCAGACAGUAGGAGUGAAGAAACUGCAACACUGUCAGUAUCCGAGAUGACUGCUGCAAUGGUGGAUGGAAUGACUGAGGAAGCAACAAGCUGUACACAAUCUGAUUUGGUCCAAAAAGAUUACGUGGAUGACGCAACCCAGGGGAAGGAGCAACAGAAGCCAGAGUGUAGGGAAGAAGCUGGGGAAAAAAUAGUUUCUCAAGAUAAAAAAAGCCCAUCUCUAACCCACGUAGAAUUCGAAAAAGAUAUUGUUCAGUCUGUCACUAUAGAAUCUCAGAGUACAAAAAUUGUAUUAAAGAUCAUUCAGACUGCCGUUGACAAACUUGAAAGAGCAGAAGAGCCAGCUGCUGUGUGCACGGCAUCUGAAUCCAAGCAGCAGAUUGAAUCAACAGACGGAAGUCAAAACGGUAUAAAUAUAGCUGAAGUUCAGGAAAGUGUACAGGCUCAUCAGCAGCUUCUUGUAAAAGGUGAAAAGACAAUAGAGGGUAAAGAACGAGCGUUCCAGCAACCAAGUACAGUCAGACAUACUAUUUUAACACAGUCUGCAGAGAAACCAGCUACUCUAGAACAAACAGAAGAUGUGCCAUUAAUUUCUGAUAUGUCAAAAGAGGGAGAAAUUCAGGAUUCAGGAAAGAUUGUAGCUGUCCCUGAAGAUGUUUCAAGUGAAAGUUUAGGGGGUCAAAAAUCAGCGAUAGAUAUGAGUGUUUCAGAAGACUUAUCCAAAGAGACAAGAACAGACCAACCAAAGCUAAAGGAAAAAGAAGCGGGGCAGACUGUGGCCACCCAAGAGAAAUAUAUGGUUCAGCAAACACAUCUAGAAAGGAAGGGAGACAAACAUGGCCAACCAGUGGAAGACAUGAAGAGACACACAGAGGAAGAUGUAAAUAAUCAAGAAUAUGCAUCUUGUGGGAGUUCACAAUCAAAGUCAGAGCUCACCAAAUCUUGAGGCCCAACCCAUUCUGUUAAAUGUGUGUGUUACAUUUGGAGAGACCAGAAUGUGAAGAAGGCAAGAG